UCUCUCUCUCUCUCUCUCACUAUCUCUCUCUGUGGGUUUAAUGUUCAAUGCUGAUUAGCCCCGUAGUUGUUGUUCAUGCCUCCGCUUAAUUCUCCAUUGAACAACACAGAUUUUUCACAAAAUAAAAACCAAAAAUACUAAUUCUCACAAGUGGAUAAGACCUUCUAAUCCACUCCAAAUUUCCAGGAAUUUCCUCACCAGCCUAAUCUUCCUUUAGAUAAGAGAGGAAUUUGUCACUGAAUCAAAAUUUCAGCCUUGACCUCCCAAAAGAUCACACUUUUAGAGUCAUAGCGAGACACACAGAACAGAGUCAGCUUAUCCAAUAUAGUCUUUUUCUGCUCAACCAGCUCUUGGAGCACACAAAACCUCAAGCUAGCUAAAGCCAUUUUGUUCUGUUCUUGCAUUGUUCAUAUGGGGAGCUAUUACUUCACAGAGACAGAAGGAAAACAAGCCCAUGAUCCUUUAUUCAUAGGGAAGACUAAUUCUAAUUCCAACAAGUUAUGUUCUUCACCAGUCGAGGAUGUUAAAGAGCCAGUGAUCAUUGGUGCAGGGCCUUCAGGUUUGGCUGUAGCGGCUUCUCUCAAAGUAAAGGGCGUUCCUAGUGUUGUUCUUGAGAGAUCCGAUUGCAUAGCCUCGUUGUGGCAGCGCAAGACCUAUGAUCGCCUUCGAGUUCAUUUACCAAAGCAAUUUUGUGAGCUUCCUUUCAUGGGGUUUCCUAAUGAUUUCCCUACUUACCCUACUAAGGAACAAUUUAUAGAGUACCUAGAAGAUUAUGCCAACGAGUUUGAUAUCAAGCCACGAUUCAAUAAGAAAGUGGCACAAGCGGAGUAUGACUGUACUCUUGAUCGUUGGCGUGUAAAGAGUGAGGGAUUAAAUGGUGAGAUGACAGAGAUUCGGUGUCGCUGGUUAGUCGCGGCCACCGGAGAAAAUGCAGAGCCAGUGACGCCUAAGAUUGAAGGAGAAGACGAAUUUGGAGGGUCUAUAAAGCAUACUAGUUUGUACAAGUGUGGGGAAGAGUUUGAAGGUCAAAAAGUUUUGGUUGUGGGUUGUGGGAAUUCAGGCAUGGAGGUUUGUUUGGAUCUUUGCAACUAUGAUGCUAAGCCUUCUAUUGUGGUCAGAGACUCGGUGCACAUCCUACCACGAGAGAUGCUGGGAAAAUCGACUUUCGGGCUGUCCAUGUGGUUGCUCAAGUGGCUGCCCAUGCGCCUUGUCGAUCGGCUACUGCUGAUUGUAUCAUGGCUCAUUCUUGGUGACACUUCUCGAUUCGGAUUGGACCGGCCGAGCUUGGGUCCCCUCGAACUCAAAAACUUGUCCGGAAAGACCCCAGUCUUAGAUGUCGGAACGCUUGCCAAAAUCAAAAGUGGUGACAUUAAGGUGCUUCCAAGCAUUAAGCGGUUAAAACGUCACGCUGUGGAAUUUGUUGAUGGAAAAAUGGAGAACUUUGAGGCCAUUAUUUUAGCAACCGGUUACAGAAGCAAUGUACCCUCUUGGCUAAAGUUUCAUAGACUGAAAAGGAGAUUAUAUGGGCUUAUAUUGUCAGGAGGGACAAAUGUUUUCAGAGAAAGAUGGGUUGCCUCGAAGGCCAUUUCCAAAUGGUUGGAAAGGCCAGCGUGGGCUCUACGCAGUGGGGUUCACAAAACGUGGAAUUCUUGGUGCGUCAAUGGAUGCGAAAAGAAUAGCUGAGGACAUCGAACGGUAUUGGAAAGUGGACAAAACAUAAAUCUACAACCUUUGCUAGCUCACUUUUGUCCUAAGUCAUAUUACUAUGGUUUUGUCGAGUUUGAGAUAUAGAAAAUCGAUCGAGAGAGUAAAACAUUCAUGAAUGAUUGGAGGCAUCAUAUGUAUACCCACCUUUGCUCGAUCCGUUUGCUUUUGCCUCAAUCAUCAUCAUGAUUUGGCCGAGUUAGACACUUGGGCAUUAGUUGGAGCUAGGAAGUAAAAAAAUAGUGAAUGACCAUCAAAUUUUUUCAUCUACAUUUUCACUUUCGUCAAUCAUCAAUUUCUAAUGCAAGUGUGAACGAGUGCAAA